AUGGUUACUGGACCCAGCGCCCUCGACGUCCUCGACUCCCAGCUCACGGCUGAUGACAGUGCCAGCUACACCAAAGGCUUAGCCGCCUUGGAACAGUCGUUGGACUCCUACUGGAAGUUCGAAGUCGUCCCCAAUCAGUUCAAACAAUCGCUAGCCGCCACCGACGACCUGCGGUUCCAGUACUUGGACGAGCACUUCGGAGUCAUUGGCAGCUGGGACGAGGUGGUGGACAACUUGAAAACGCUCAACGCCAACGCUGGCGCCAACGAGCGGUACAAGAUCUUGUUUCUUGCUCGCCAUGGUCAAGGCUACCACAACUUGGCCCACGCCAAGUACGGCAACAGUGCCUGGAACGAGUACUGGCUGAAGAAGAACGGCGACGGAACCAUCGUGUGGGGUCCAGAUCCGUUGUUGACGGACUUGGGUAUCAGCCAGGCCCAGGAAAACAGGGCCCAGUGGAAAAUCGAAGUGCUCAACAACACUGCCAGAGACCCCAGCCUCAUUGUGCCCAAAAAGUGGUUCGUGUCGCCUUUGAGCCGCUCCAUCGACACCUUGAUCAACACCUGGGAUGGGGUGGUGGAUCUCCAAGAGGUGCAGCCGUUGAUCCAGGAAAACGUCCGUGAAACCAUUGGAGUCCAUACCUGCGACAAGCGGUCGCCCAGGUCGGUGAUUGCCCAAAAGUACGAGAAGUUGGGGUUCCGGAUCGAGCCUGGCUUCGAGGAAAACGACAUUUACUACAAGGACGAUUACAGAGAAACCGUGGCUGAACAUGCUCUCCGCAUCAACAGAAACCUCCAGGAGAUUUUCACCACCACUCCCGAGGAUAUCGUGAGUAUUACCAGCCACAGUGGCUCGAUCCGAGCCCAGUUAUUGGUGUUGGGUCACCGUUCGUUUGCCGUGGGCACUGGAGGGAUGGUGCCUGUGUUUGUGAAGGCCACGAAGGUGGGUAAUGCUUAA